AAAAGUACCUUUUCCAAGUCAUUUACCCAGCCAGAGAACGAUUCAUUAUUUUUAGCCCCUGCCAGCUGAAUUAACAUUGCAGGCGGUGUGAAGACGUCAUCCCUGCAAGAUGGGCAGCAUGUUUCAGGAGAUCAUAGCCUUUGUUUUAGCUACGUCGGGCUGGAUACUGGAGUCUUCCACCGUGUCGAUGGACGACUGGAAGGUCUCCUCAGACGAUGGAUCUGUAAUUACCUCGUCUUCCUUCUUUGCCAAUCUGUGGAAGCACUGUGUGACUGAUUCAACAGGGAUCUCCAACUGCAGAGACUUUCCAUCAAUGCUGGCACUGGAUGGUUACAUCCAGGCUUGCAGGGGAUUGAUGAUCACAGCCAUCUUCUUGGGCUUUUUCGGUUCUGUGUUUGCCCUGGUUGGGAUGAAAUGCACCAAAAUUGGAGGAAGUGAGAAGAAUAAAGCCAGGAUCGCCUGCUUUGCUAGUAUAGAAUUUAUUCUUAGUGGAGUCUGCUCACUUUCUGCCUGUUCUCUCUAUGCACAUCGGAUAACAACAGAGUUUUUUGACCCAAUGUUUAUGUCUCAGAAGUAUGAGCUGGGAGCUGCUCUCUUCAUCGGCUGGGCAGGUGGUAUCCUCUGUAUUCUGGGAGGCAGUGUCUUCUGCUUCUCAGUUGCAGAUUCUUUUUCAAGAAGCCACAGUAAGGCAAAUUAUAUCUACAGACAGACUGCCUCACAUUCCCAUAUCACCGCCUACACGAGAGGGCAGGCGAAGCCUGUAAACGAAAGGCCGGCGGCAGAUAACAGCAGCUCCUCCAGGAUGCAACACUUUGAUAAAAAUGUAUACGUGUAAGAGAGGUGAAUCCAAAUCCCUUUCACCUAAAGCAUUUGGUGGAGUUUAAGUGUUUUACCCUCAGCAUGUAAGAUGCAGCAGCAGUGGUGGGCUCAGUCUAACAGCUGCAGAGGUUAAUGAUACAGAUUUGUGCCUCACCAGGAUUUUAGUUUUAAACUAUUAGAUUUUUUUAAGGCAUGUUACUUUUAAGGUUUUCUGAUAUGGUUCGCUCAGUGAUCUUUUUUAUGCCUUUUAUAGGUUCUGAAUAAAAAAAAACAAUAAAACUGGUCCAAAAAGGA